UUGAAUAAUCAGCUGAUAGUGGUGGUGUUUUGUUGGAAGUUGCCGUUGUUUGUGAAGUGUUUAUAUUCCUUUCUCUUCAAUUCACGAUAAAGACACAACAAACGAAAAAAGGAAUUCGAUUGACAUUUAAUUAUUAGUGAUGUUAUGAAAAUUAGCUAAGUGACUCACUGUUACAAUUUCAAUUCAUAGCUAGCUAGAUUGCUGUUGAAUCCUCGGGAAGAAAGAAAACAGCAACGUAACGUCAGUCAACGGGUUUGAGACGUUCUUUGUUUUUGUUUUGUCAGACAGAAUUGCAGUAUUUGGUUUCUUCUUUUUGAACAUCGUUUUAUAUUUAUUUAUAAUUGUGCGUGGAUUUUGAUAACAAUAACUAUACAGGAGAGCUAGCUAGCAUAGUUACAAGUCGCCGAUAAUUGUUGUCAAGCUCCUGAGUUGUCUAAUCAGAAGCGAGACAAUAGAGCUGUUUAGAUAUUGACGAGUGUGGAAAGAUUUCAGACUAGCUAGCUAGCUAGUUGUUGUGGUGUGACCGUCAUUUGCACAUCACUCAGUUAUCUCAACUGCGACCUGUUGGUAGAGUUAUAUGUCAGCCACCAACCUGUAAUUAUCAGUUAGCUUUGUGUGCAAUUUAGCAAGUUUGUUGCGCAAUUCCUGAAUGCCAACGUUGUCAGCAAGGAUCGCUGGUCCAAAAGUAUGGUAACAGCAAUGUGUCGUAACUAAGUGUUGGAGUGUCUUGGCCUCUGAGAAGGUGUAAUUUGUCCCACUGUCAAUAUAUUUCAAGGUGUAUUGUGUAUGCCUAUGAAUUAAGUAUUAUUUUAUUGUGUUAAUAGCUUCAUGUUGUGUAGAAACUGUGCAAUUGAAAAGGAGUGAUUUAAGAAGAGAAGGAUCAGGCAGUCUAAUAUUAAAGAACGGUCCAGUUCUGGCACAGGCACAGAACCUCCUUGAAAAUCCUUCUCCCUACUUGCCAAUGCUGGAUCUGGAAGUUGUUCCUGAAAGAUCUUUAGGACAUGAGCAAUGGGAAUUCGCAUUAGGGAUGCCAUUGGCCCAGGCCAUUUCCAUUUUACAGAAACACUGCCGCAUCAUCAAGAAUGUCCAGGUUCUCUACAGUGAACAAAUGCCACUCAGUCAUGACCUCAUACUCAACUUGACUCAGGAUGGAAUGAAACUGCUGUUUGAUGCCUGUAACCAGAGACUGAAGGUGAUUGAAGUAUACGACUUGAGCAAAGUGAAAUUGAAAUACUGUGGAGUACAUUUCAACACUCAGGCUAUAGCACCCACUAUAGAGCAGAUUGACCAGUCCUUUGGUGCCACACACCCUGGAGUAUACAAUGCUGCAGAGCAACUGUUCCACUUGAACUUUCGGGGACUCUCCUUCUCCUUCCAGCUUGACUCAUGGAAUGAAGCUCCCAAGUAUGAGCCUAACUUUGCCCAUGGCUUGGCCUCCCUGCAGAUUCCGCACGGGGCCACAGUGAAACGGAUGUACAUCUAUACUGGGAACAACCUACAGGACACCAAGGCUCCAGUGAUGCCCCUUGCCUGUUUCCUUGGCAACGUGUAUGCAGAGUGUGUGGACGUGCUGAAGAAUGGUGCGGGACCACUUGGUCUGAGACUUCGCAUCCUCACUGCAGGCUGCGGGCCGGGGGUGAUGGCUGAUGCCAAGGUGCGUGCUGUGGAGAGGAACAUCUACUUUGGAGACUCCUGUCAAGAUGUGCUGAGUGCUCUGGGCUCGCCACACAAGGUCUUCUACAAGUCAGAGGACAAGAUGAAGAUCCACUCUCCGUCGCCUCACAAGCAGGUCCCGUCCAAAUGCAAUGACUACUUCUUCAACUACUUCACCCUGGGGGUGGACAUACUCUUUGAUUCCACCACACACCUGGUGAAGAAGUUUGUCCUUCAUACCAACUUCCCUGGUCAUUACAAUUUCAACAUAUAUCAUCGAUGUGAUUUCAAGAUUCCACUUGUCAUUAAGAAAGAAGCUGCUGAUGCUCAGUGGGAGGACUGCAUUCUCACUACCUACAGCAAGUGGGAUCAGAUUCAGGAGCUUCUUGGACACCCCAUGGAGAAGCCUGUCGUGCUCCACAGGUCAUCCUCUGCAAAUAAUACCAAUCCCUUCGGCUCUACUUUCUGUUUUGGACUACAGCGAAUGAUCUUUGAGGUGAUGCAGAACAACCACAUAGCUUCAGUGACUCUGUACGGUGCCCCCAGACCCAGCAGCCGGGUCCGAGCCGAGGCCAGCGCCCACUGAACAGCAUCCUACUGCCAACCCAGGCUUGGCCUGAGGGCUGUCUCUCCCCUCCUCCAGGCCACACCACAGCACCCCUAGGCUGAUCAGAGCAGUGUACUCUGUCUCACCCAAUCUCUCACCCACUGCCAUGUUCACACCAGAGAGGAGCUCCUCUGGACCCAUCUGCCCCACUCUGACAGGCACCUCAUCCAGAGGCCUGCUAGGAGCCUUACGUCAGUCUUCAUCCCACCCCCCUCCCACCUCUGACUUACCCUGUCCCAAUGGUCUUCAUCGUCAAAACACUCAUUAGAUGUGUUUCAUCAAUGCACAUUUGUAUGCUGGCAUGCACAAACACAUGCUCACCUGCAUACACAAAUGAGCACCUGCGUGCAUGUUACAGUUUUUAAAAUGACUUAAUACCUGCUUUACAUACACACAUAUAUCAGAAACUGAUACCAAAAUCAUUUCAAUCCUUUCUCCACUGUAUGUUCAUGUUACCUGUUAAUACACAUGCAUAUGGAUGCAGGCUCAUCUCAUAUCUGCAGCACUAGCAUAACAAGUACACCAUUACAUACACAGACAGUUACAGAAACAAACAUGCAUGCACACAGACAAUUGCAUGAAUAGAGAAGUUGUUGUUUUUAAAAGGAGAGUGGUAAAAGAUGACUAGCACAAACUGGCCUCCCCAUGGAGGGUCCUAGUGCUCUGCAUGCUUUGAGGGGGAACUGUCUUGGCACAUGAUCAAACACAGACACACAUAUACUGGUCCACAUACACCACACACACACAUUCAUACACUCGUGUCAUGAACAAGUCCUCAGCAUAAGCCACCUCCUAUUGCAAGGCCGUAAAUCACUAACUGCAUUUGUAGUUAGUUAGUUUGUUUUGUGUUUAUUUGCCAGGCCCGAUGGAAACAUUUGAACAUUUGCACUAAGAUACACCCUAUUUACUUUCUUGUUGUUUCCUAUCCAGUGAGGAGUAUUGUGCAUUUUAUUUCUAUUAGUGAUGGCAGAGGAAAGGCUCCAGCUCCUCUAUCCCAUGACUGACUUCCUUUCCUUCCACAUGUACACUAUCCCCUCCACUGUCCACUGCUACCCCUGUCUUUACAGCCUUCCUCCCCAUGCUAUCUCAUGAUUUCUCUCUUUCCCCCUCCAUCUCUCUCUCUUCACAGGAGAUACCCAAAUGAAUCCCUCAGAUGUACUUCAUCAUUGCUAUCAUUCUUAAUUUUUUUUAAAGUGUUAAAUUGCCAAAAGUUUUGCCAAAGAUGGUUCAGCAUGUUUUAAGUUAUCCAGACAUUUUAGUGUCAAAAUUUGACCUUUUUCUAAGAGCAGACAUUCCCUCCUAAACAAUAUUUUUUUUUAAAUUGUAGGCCCCUGACCCAUAAUCUUAAUCUCUCCUAAAUACUUCUUGAGUAUAUCAUCUUUAUUAUUUGUGCUUUUUAAUGCAGAUAUUUUAUCAUUCAGUUUUUAGUCUCCUGAGACUCCUCCCUAUGUGUAGCAGGUAGAUUUGGGACUAUGUUCAGCAGCAGUCUCUUCUGGUGUUUUGUACAGAUUUGUAAAUAGUGUGCUCUUUUUUUUGUCAUUUUAAGCUAAUGGUACAAUGUGGGUCUGAAUUGUUUUAAGGUCAGAGCACACACCAGACGUGACACUUGUAUUACUUAGGAAUUCUGUUUGAUGUCUCUCUCCCUAGUGGAGAGAACAGUGGCGCUCCUAAGCCCUGGGCCUGGAGGGUUCAUUCAUCUCUCUAGUUCAGCUUUAACCACUUAGUACUAGAGACAGAUGCUGAAGAUGGGCUAAAGCCGAGACAAGGAGGGGUUACUGUUGGAUAGGGAAGGGAGCCCUGUACAGUCUAUGAUGUUUAGAACCCCUGGAUGUGUGUGUGAUCAGUGUUACAGUGGGUUGAUCGUGUUCUGGUGCUAGAUCAGAGGUGUGACUGAGGCUUAUACGUGUGUGUCCUCCUCCCAUCUUGUGUAUCUAUCUGCCAUCAUGUCAGCCCCUGUCAGACCAGGCCUCCAGGCCUCAGCUUUACAGCGUGUGAUGCAGGCUUAUUACAUGGGCAUUGUUCAUUCUGUUACAUUGACUUGUUUCAUGAGUUGCGAUGGGGGGUUUAAAUUUUAUCCCUUGCUUUGUGCAAGUUGAAUAAAAGAAAAGGGUAGAAUGGCUUGUUAAAGUUGUGCCUCAUCUCCCACCAAGCCUGUCUUGACUUCUCUCUGUAAAUUAAACUAGGCUAUAGAACUGCAUUGUGUAUGACUUGAGCAUGAAAAGUUAACAUGGUUGGCUGACUGUCACCCAUAGUCAUCAUUGUCCUCUUGCUCCAGAAAACAUAACAGUAAAGAGUAGAUUAAAGACUUGGGUCACUAUUCAAUCUGUAUCGCUGAAGUAUUACAGCUAGCACGAUAAAUGUAAAGGUAAUUCAUUUUCAAUUACUCUGUAACUCAACUUUCUCGAUAUGGAUUGAAUAGAGCCCUUGAUGUAGAGGUCCUGAGCUCAGUCAUGAAGGGCAUCGCUGUCAUCCUCAUCACAUAUCCCCCUGGUAUUCUGAUUGUAAGAUUUGCACAGUACACAAUACAUUGUUUUGUCUGGUCUUAUGUUAUUGUUGCAGGACACAGAAACAUCACUCUGAACAUCUCACAGCAAGACAAUGGUUAGAACAUCAGUUUGAGCACUCACUGGCCAGCCCUUCAUGACCUGAGAUGGAUACACAGACUGGUUGUGUUGGAAUUCAAAUACAAUGCACACUCAGCUUUGAGCGAGAAAACAAAUGCAACACCACCAAUGUUGCAGUGAUGUUUCCGGAAUGUUACUGCUGAGAGUGAGUAGCUAGUGUGCUGGGCUGUGCUUGCCCAAUCUCAGGUGGACAUAUCAGAUAUUUUUUUAAUGCCAGGAGCAAGUGAAUGCUUAAUUUUCAUCAGUUGGUUUUAGCUAUUUUAUUUCCUCUGAGGUAAUCCUAUUUUUCCAUUGGAAUGAAUGAAUGGUUGUCCUUAAGAUUAGAAAUGGACAACUUCAGUUUAGUGUAAUACUCAUAUUAAUUCUAUGUAUUGUCUCCCUUUAUAUUGUGUGUUAUCCUCCUCCCCCAAAGUAAUUAUUUUUGGUGGAUUCAGUACAGUUAACCCAUUUCUGGAAAUGGGAAUUAUCCUUAAUUAAACUUGUGAAUCAAA